AUGACUGAACCUUGGGACAAAGUUUAUCUAAGAAAAAUAUCUCACCUAGGUAAUUUAUCAUUGAAAUAUACUGAACAUGUGCAUAGAAAUUUCAAAUCUGAAAAGCCCAAACCUUUUCACUAUCCUGUUCUGCUAGCUAACAGAAGCUCAAUACCUACAAAGCCCUACUCUUCAAAAAAUUGUUCUAAAAAUGUUUCUAAUGGUUCAGCUUAUGAAGAUAACGUUAUCACGAAGCAUGUCACUUCAUUCGUUAGUGUUGUUGGAACUAACUGUAACAACCAACAAAACAGCAACAGUAAUGAAGAGAGUUGCAAAAAUAUUGAGACUUCAUAUCAUACCACCAGCAACUGCCAUCAACAUAGCAACAACAACAACAGCAAUAAUAUCAACAGUUUCAAUUUUAAUAAUAAUAAUAACAAUAAUAAUAAUAACACAGAUUAUAAUGAUAAUAAUAGCUCUAAUGUAAAUGUUGACUUCCAAAUCAAUAUUUCUACAAUUGUUACAAAUGGUGCUUUUAAUUCUGAAGGCAACAGUAAGCAUACAAUCAGCACAACGUCAAAAGCAACAGAAUUGAGCGAUGAGCCUAAUGGGAAGUGUGUAAAUGAAAACUCUGAUAACCUCAUAACCAAUCUCAAACUCAGUGAUGUUAAUUUUAGUAUCACUGAUUCCAGCUUAACGGAUAGUGAAAAGACAACAACAUCAGCUGAUCAGUUCCAUGUAACAACAACGGAUCUGGAAGGAUUCUGGGAUUUGGUGAUUAUUCAGGUCGAUGAUGUGGAGGCCUCUUUCAAAGAACUCAAUGAAAUUAGAGAUAAUGGAUGGAAGGAAAAAAUUAAAGAAGAAGUUCUCUCCCCAAGUAUUAAGGUUGAUAAUUUCUACAAAAGUAAUUUGUACGUUCUAGUUAUUAAUCUGUAG